AUGACUGGCGACCUAAAGCUCGACAUUAGCUCUCCAGUCAGCCGCCAAUAUGUCGUGGACAAGUUCAACAACGGAUUCUUUCAGAAGAUCUUAAUGCACUACGAGAGCGAGAUGGGCGAAUCACUCUCUGAGAACUCGCAGUUCCGCCCCGAACCUGGUCGCAUUUUCCCUGAGAAGGAGAUGAAGAGAGAGGAUGAGAACUUGCAGAACUUCUUAACGCAGCACAAUGCAUAUAUGGAGGCCAAGCAGGAGAAUGCAGCAAGGGAGAAUGGGUCACAGGAUGAAGGAGAGAUAGACAACGAGAUCCAGAAUAUCCAGCUUGAAUCCUGA